GCGAAGACGCAGCCAAUGCCACUGGGAAAAGGAGGUUUUAAGACCAAAAAACAACAAAAGCAAAAUGGAAAUUUGAUACCACCUCAAGACGCUGCUGCGACCACCACCCUCGGUGUCAACUUGAGUCGCUUCAGCACAGAGGAGCGUGAAGCCAUCCUCACGGUGGUGAAACGCGAUUUGGAAAUUCGCUGUAUGGAGAAGCACCGUCUCAAGCUUAUUGUUCGUCUAUGCGCUGGGUGGUUGGGAAUCGCGGUGCGCAGUUGUCCGGACUCCACACUUGAGGAGGAAUCGGUGCUAAAAUCACCUAAUAAAAUUACCUACCGAGUUUACUUCAUUGACUUUGCAAGAAAAAUUCGAAACGGACUGCUGCAGGAGGACAGUCAAGCACCGCUUUCGUUGCCAGGAUCUGCAAACACCUGUACCAUAUGUAGAAGCCAAUUUUUAAUCCUCCUCAAUCCUCGCCUGACCUGCAGCCUCUGCCGGCGCGAGGUCUGCAGACGCUGUGCGAAAGAGUAUAACGGUGAAAUGCUCUGCCGUAUCUGUUCUCGGGAUAUUUUUUACAGGGCCAUGAUGUGCCAUUGGUUCUAUGACUACGCCCCCGACAAACUCUGUGGCCGCGCCUCCGACACGAUUGUCAAGAGUUUGUUCAAGGACAGUCUUCCUCCUCUGAGUGAUCUGACUGAAGAACAAUUGCACAAGACCAUAUGCAACUAUCUCAAACCAGAGAGAGAAACUUAUGUUAAUGGUGUAGUUAUUACACGAGAUGUGAUGCUGAGAAUUGAAAAUGAACAAAUCAAGGCAUUUAAAAAACGAUACCACGAAAUUCGUAGUUCCGCGGUUCAUUCUCUCACCAAAGUCCGAGCUAAUACCUUAAGAAAUGGGCAGGAGAACGUUGAGAAGGAAAUUGAGGGCAUCACAUCGCACUUUCAACAACAAACAAAGGAAGCGCUGCGAAAGUUACUUCAGGUGCUCUGUAUUACUGAAGAAAAGUACAAAAUGUCACUGCAGUCACCGGGGCAGGAGAACACCGCUACUCGAGUGUUGGAGAUAACGCAAAAACAGGUGGAACAGAUGGUGGGACACAAAAUAAAGGUUCCCGAGGAAUAUACAAAGGGCGAGGUGGUGGAGGAGGAUUUGGAGUCUUUCGUGGCAACUGUCAUUGGUGGUCCAGAGGACUUUUUCGCAAAUAUUCUAUUGGAAGAUGUGAGUAGGCUAAAUACUUCAGAGGUUUUUGGAUGCACCAUAAAUAAUCCGCAAACAUGA